UCCAACUUGAUUUAUAAACCCCGCCUACCACCCCCCCUCUCUCCAAUUAUUCUCUGAGUCAAGCGUCACAUUGUUUACAUGCCACCAGCUCGCAUCCUAAAUACCCUCGUUCGCUCCGCCCUACUUCGCAAACCUGUCUCCAGUGCUCUACAACCAAACUUUAUCACUCCGACACUCCUACGCGCUAUGUCUGCCUCGGCCAUGUCAGGUCGCCUAACGGGCAAGACCAUUGUCAUCACUGGCGCCUCCUCCGGCAUCGGCCGCUCAACCGCGAUUGAGUUCGCAAGGACGGCGCCCAAGGACUUGAAGCUCGUGCUGACAGCCCGUCGGCUCGAGACGCUUGAGGAGGUCGCAGCAGAAAUCAAGAAGGAGGUCGGAGAUGGCGUCAAGGUUCUGCCCUUCAAGCUGGAUGUUAGCCAACCGGAAGAGGUGAAGACAUUUGUGGAGCGGCUGCCGGAGGAGUUCAGGGAGAUUGACGUACUAGUCAACAACGCCGGACUGGUGAAGGGUGUAGCACAGGCGCCGUCCAUUGAGGAAGAAGACCUCAAUGUCAUGUUUGCGACCAAUGUCACGGGACUCAUCAACAUGACGCAGGCCGUGCUACCGAUCUUCAAGAAGCGCGCGGAGGGAGGCAAGGGUGAUAUUAUCAACAUUGGCAGCAUCGCUGGCCGGGAACCAUACGCGGGAGGUAGCAUUUACUGCUCUACAAAGGCGGCCGUGAAGUCAUUUACGGAUGCUUUGAGGAAGGAACUGGUUGCUACGAGGAUCAGGGUUAUCUCGGUUGACCCCGGACAGGUCGAGACCAACUUCUCCGUUGUCAGGUUCUAUGGUGAUAAGUCGAAGGCUGAUGCUGUUUACGCCGGCUGCGAGCCAUUGACCCCCGAGGACAUCGCCGAGAUUAUCGUCUUCGCUGCCGGUCGCCGAGAGAAUGUAGUAGUUGCGGAUACAUUAGUUUUCCCCAGCCAUCAGGCCAGCGCGGGCGUGAUGCACAGGAAGACUUAAAUGACGGUUGUGAAGUUGGAUUGUAAAUGAGGCUGAAUAAUUGUUACAUAACACUAGAAUAUUAGAUAAAGCAAUCUGAAACAUUGGCGACGUGGA